AUGGGCUACUUGAGACAUUUCACUCUUAUCAUGUUUAAAAGUAGACGAAAGAAGAAACAAGAAAAAGAACAAAAAAGGCUCGCUCUAGCAGCAGAGGCAGAAGCAGCAGCAGCAGCAGCAGCAGAGGCAGAAGCCUUGGAUAAAAAGUCUAAAUCAUCCCUUGUUUACCACCCACUUGAAGAAAUAAAAGUUGCUCGAGACUUUCGAACGUCUGUUAUUGUCCCUCAACUUCAAGAUCUCGCAAGCCCAUUUCGUAAUGAUCUCAUUCCAACAUCACUUCCUAAACAGCAAUUUUCGUCUCCACUGGCUUCCAGAACAACCGAUAGGUCUGGACCUGAAAAACCAACAACUGGAAAAGACAGUAACCAGCAGUACCAGGAUUUGGCUGCUUGGCGGGCGCUCCGCAACCAAAGUCGCUACUCCAAUGCCAUGUUUGGAGGAAAACAGCGAGGGCCGAAAAUGAUACCCGGUCGAAAGGCACCUACGCAUCAAUCAAAGCAAGAAAAUAUCAAUGAUUCUGAACCACAAAAUGUAUACGAGGUUCCAAUUUGUCCUGCAAUGACACCUCCAAGAAGUUCAGAUAUCCACCCUGAUCUCUAUCCCAGCCACCGGGUUGAAGAAUGCGAAUACGAAGACGAAGAUUCAGAUGUCGAGAAUUAUUUUUUUAAAGACUUUGCUCCUGGCCACGAGAAGAUCAGAUCUCAAACCCCAACUCGACAGCGUUCCAAGCGGUACAGUGCCCGUGCUCGAUCCAAUAAACCUACGCGCCAAUUUGACGUCUUGUCCUUUGCACAACAUUUGCACGAAAACCGGCUCUCGGUGGCCCAACCUCGUGCAACCAGCGUAGUCAUGACAGAAGAAGACGAACGUGAGCUGCAAAUAUUAUUGCAGCGUACACCUCCAGAAUCACAAGAAAACAUGCCUGUCUAUCCAGCUCAGCGAGCUCAACAAAUCCAAUCAGCCCAACAAGUUCAACCAAUUCAACAAAGAAAACCUGCUACUAAAAUGUCUUUACCUAUUCAUUCGGAAAAGACACUACAAGAAACAAAACCGAAUAAAAGGCCAUCGCAAAGAAAGAAAUUUAUACCCGAGAAACCUUUAGAAACAUCUCCUGUGCAGCGAUCUGCCUUGGGCUCUAAUUCUUUUGAAGAUAUUUUUUUGAAAAAUGCACCUACCAACAAAGACAACCAAGAAAGAGAAAAUCCGCAAGAAAAAAUAGAAGUAAUAGAAGAUAAAGUUUGGCUGGAUAUCACUGGUGUACCUAAUGGUGUACCUGCUCGUUAUUCAAACAGCACUGCUUCAUCGAGUGAUACCCCAAAGAGCAUAGAGAACAUCCAGUCGGAUACACUACACAAACUCACCCAAAAACAGAGUCUACCUUAUAUAACACCGCCAAUCACCCCUCCAGAAAUACCAAAUAGAGACAACCGAGUUCUGUUGAACAAGAAACCGUCUCUGCUCUCUCAAAAACUCAAUCGAGCCAAUUCUGUAGAGCACAAUAAUAUCAAUACGGCUGCAAUCGGUAGACCAAUACACCCUCCUUCUGCUUUAAGAAAUAUGCAAUUGCCAUCGUUAAACUCGAGCUCUUAUGCAUUUUCUUCACCGCGCACAGCACCACUACCACCAUCCAACAAUCUUGGACGCAGUCCGUCUUCUUCUUCCAACUUCACUAGUACUUCUUCCUCAUCGAUCCAGGAUUCUGCAACGUCUAUAUCAUCUUCCAACACAAGAACUAGAUCGGGUGAUUCUGGGUUCCGCCAACCUACCCUUGUUACCAUCACAGACAUUAGUGUUAGCUUGAAUAAGUCUAUAGACUCUACUGUCGCACAAAGACAGAGGAAUAAUGGACACCGUCGAUCUGUGAGUCUAAACACCUCUUUGGCUCCAAACAUUAUGAUAAAUCGAGUGGGUUCGACAGAUAAUGAACGGGAUCCGGCUGGCCGGACACCAAAUGUGUCUUCUCCGUUGGUUCCUCAAAGUUCUGUCACUCGCAAUAAAAGAGAUGACGAUGGUGGUGGUGGAGUUGUGCCUGGCCCUCCUAAACCCCAGGGAUUGUUCGGUACUUUGCGACAAGUAGGAGGGAUCAAUCGAUCACAGGGUUCUUUUCGAGGAUUGAUCCGCAAUUUCAGUACCGGAAACCAUCGACAGCAAGAAUCUGGAAGUGAUGAUGGAGCGCCUGGGGACUCUUUUUCAGAGUCAAGAGGAAUGUCUCGCGCAGCCAUGGCCGUAAUACAUCACAGUGUUGUCAAUAGCAAGCCUGUAGAAGAACCUGGGUUAGACAAACCACGGCCUCACGUACUGACAGCAAAUAAUUCGAUUCCUAGUCUGUCAUCGAACCAUCAGAGCCCGAAUGAAAGUAUUGCUGUCUCAAAAACCGGGGGAGGCACUCGUCUUAUUUCCCAGCUUUUAGCAAAGGCAAUAAAGCCUAAGAAGACUAAAAAGGCCGGGGCUGGUGCAGAUUUGUCGCUCGAUAUAAAUUCCUCUGCUGUACAAUUACCACGGAGUCAAGUGGUUAGACGGACAAUCAUCUAUGUGCAGCCUGAUUCUAUUCCUUUGUCGGAUUUUCUGGAUGGUCAAGAUGUGCCUCCUUUGCCUUGCCCGCUCAACCCGGUGCUGUCUCAGGCUACAUGGAAAUCAAAAAAGCUAGAUGAAAAUAUUUCAACCGAAAGUCUUCUUCAGUCGAGUAGUUCUGCCUCAGUUGUACCUCCAACUCGGCCACGACGAAAUGGAGAUAGUCCAGGUAUAGGUACUUUAAACAGAGCUGCUGAUCAGCUUAGCCCAACUACGCCUUGUCUUCAGGGUCUCGAAUUAAGAGAGAUGAGCGACGGCUCAGUAGAAUGGGGGUUGGUGAAGAAGAAGGGUAAUCGAAAGAGUUUUUAUCGACCUUCUGGCCCAGCACAGUUGCCGCCGUCAUCAUCAUUGCCGUCACCCGCAUUCUCGUCAUCAUCAUCAUCCACUAGUGUUCCUUUUUCUCAAACCAGACUCUUGGUCGAAGAUGAGAUUGAGGAUGAUGUUGAAGACGAGGAUUGGUUUGACAAUCAUCUUCUAGCCAUAAUGGCAUCUGAUACGGAUCUGCCCAAACCUAAUGGGUCCAACGCAAAUGCGCCAGCGAUACCACGUCGAUCACCUCGCCGUCCUCAAGCAAACUGUAUUAAUACGCCUGAGUCUACCUUGAAGAAGGCAGACACAGAUAUAUACUACGCUCCAACAAUGACCUUGCCUAAUCUACUACAUAUGAUGGCCAGUAAUAACGAUGGUGAUCUUUUAGGCGAAAAGACUGGAAAAUCAAUUGAAGACGAAUUGGAUGAUAUGAUGAAGAUGUUUGCUAGCCAUUAA